GGGGGGGGAUGCAGAGGGGACGCAUGCUCAGAGUGACUGCUUGGAGCCUCUCCUGCUUGCUACAGCUUCUCCAAGGGUCUGGCACACAGGCAAGGAGAAAGAAAAGGCAGGGAAGAGCUGCUGCAGAGAGCCAUGGCGUGGCCACCUGUCCGCAGCGCCAUGCGUGUGGCCAUCCCCUUCAUCUGGCUGCUCGGCCUGCUCAGCCUGAGGCUUGUGGGGGCUGCCCAGGACUCUGGCACUGUCAUCCCUGCAGAAAGUCGGCCCUGCGUUGACUGCCAUGCGUUUGAGUUCAUGCAGAGGGCGUUGCAGGACUUGAAGAAGACAGCCUACAGCCUAGACGCACGGACAGACACCCUCCUCCUGAGAGCAGAAAAGAGAGCCCUGUGUGACUGCUUUCCUGCAAUACACUGAACCAAGCGCUGGGAUCUGGCCAGUGGACAUUUCUCCACCUUUAAAAUGCUGUUCAAUAAAUGACAGGGAGGUAGAAAAGUGCAAGUUGUGCUCCACUUUUUAUCCAGGCAGGUACAACUCAGAUUUAACUUUUGCUUCGGUGUGCUUGAUCGUUGCCGUAUGGUGUCCUGCAUCUGCUGAAAUGUCAACAGAAGAAACAGUGCCAAAGUCUCACCCAUGGGUUUUAUGCAAGGAUAGGAUCUCGUUUUUUGUGUACUUUAAGUCAAAAAUUGUUCUUGGACUCUCAGGCCAGCUCCUCAGCACGUGUGAGGUCAGUGGAGCUUUGUGACAGGCUGUAUCCCUAGCAUGAAAAGGAAGCUACUACAAAGAUGAUCAGAGGGCUGGAGAACAUCUGCUAUGGGGAUAGGCUGAGAGAGUUGGGGUUGUUCAGCCUGGAGAAGAGAAGGCUCCAGGGAGACCUUAGAGCAGCCUUCCAGUACCUGAAGUGGGCUACAGGAGAGUCAGAGAGGGACUUUUGACAGUGAUGUGGUGUGAUAGAACAAGAGGUAAUGGCUUUGAACUGCAAGAAGCUGGAUUGAGAUGAGACAUGAGAAGGAAAUUCUUUGCCAUGAGGGUAUUGAGGCACUGAAACAGGUUAGCCAGAGUCCUUGUGAAGGCUCCAAGCCUGGCUGUGUUCAAAGGCAGGUUGGAUGGGGCCUUGAGAGAGCUGCUGUAGUAGAAGAUGUGCCUGCCUGUGGCAGUGAGUUGGAGCUGGGUGAUCUCGAAGGUCCCUUCCAACCCAACCCAUUCUGUGAUGAUUCUUUGCAGUGAUGCAUAGUGAAACAUUUACAAACAAGCAGUUGUGGCUUUAUACAGAAAUUGAUAGUUAUCACUGCCUGCUUGGCAGGCCAAGGAGGGGCUUUGUUCCCAGUUGGUAUCCCUAGUCCAGUGCACAGAAAACACAGCAAUCUGUAUCCCCAUUCUCAUUUCUUCAGAGCCACACAGCAGCUAUGAUCCUUUUUGGGAGAGAUUUAUUAAGUAUCUAAUGUGAUCAGUAACAUUUGUAAUCACAUGAAUACUGCCUGGCAAUCAAACUGAUUGCAUCUGCCAAACUCUUCUGGAGAAGUGUCUUUCAUUAAGCAAAUCACAGACUGGAUUGAACCACUCAAACUGGCCUCCACUGAGAGUUUUGGCAGAGAGCCUGCAGAACGCCUGCCUGUCCUGCAAGCUGCGUUCUGAGCUGUUUCAGUGCUUCCAAAACAGGCCAGAGCUCUUGCAUGGACUUUGCACUUCACAGCAGUGCCUCAUCCUGCUGCAGUCAGCGUGAGACAACAGAGGACAAAACAAUUUAGGCAGUGUAGUAGUAGUAGACAGGUUUGCUCCUUGUUGCUUUGUGGAAAAGAACCCUUCCUCAUUGUUUUUUACCUUGGUUUUGGGGAGGAGAACAGAAAAGGGUCUCCAGAUCUACUAGUGGAAAGUUCUUGCAGAUACUAAUAAUGGAUUUCUUUGUUUCAUAGGGCUUAAAAUAUCAAAGUGUGAUGACUAGGGAUUUAUCUAUCAGCUGGCAUUUAUCUGUCAGCUGGGAUGUGUCUGUCAGCUGGAGCAUCCAUGCACAGAAACUUGCAUUCUAACAGGAGCAUGGGAGCAGCUUCAACAGCAGUGGUUUUCAAACUCAUGUUACCAAUUCUUAUUAAUUCAUGUGUCUGACUUCCUGUAAGUGGCUUAUAUUUUGGUGUCAGGCUGAUCAGUAAGUUAUGAUGAGACCUGUAAGUUUCCAAACUACUUCUCUCCCACUUUAUCUACCACAUCAGCCCCAAGGAAACAGAGAACUGUGACCCGCUGCCAACUUAUUUUGUUUGCAGUCAUAAUAACACAAAGGAAUGUAUUGCUGUGUGCUAUGCCAAAGCCAUUUGACAGACAUGUGGUACUCAGCAAGCAAAGGCUUCCUUGCACCUGCAUUUGGAGCAGGAAAUUUGCUUAUCCUUUGUAUCAUUCUAGAGAAACCCUUCACAGGUCAUCAGGACCCAGUUUGUGUAGAAGAGCAGCAGCAUGACACAGCAACGCAUCGACUCUGGUGGCACUACACUCCUCUGAAGCACUGCUAACUAGCUGGUGGGAAGCAACAGAGGUUCUUAUUAUGGUAUGGAACCAUAAUAUCCUUUUGGUUGGAAAAGCCCUUUGAGAUCAUCCAGUCCAACCAUGCUCUAACUCUACCAAGGCUGGUGCUAAACCGUGGCACUCAGCACCACAUCUCUGCCUCUUUGAAACACCUCCAGGCAUGGAGAUUCAACCACCUCCCUGGACAGCCUGUGCCAGUGUUUGAGAACCCUUUUAGAGGAGAACUUUCUUGUAAUGUCCAACCUAAACCCACCCUGGUGCAAUUUGAGGCUGCUUCCUCUCCUCCUUCCACUUGUCACUGGGAAGAAGAGACCAACCCCAUCUGGCUCCAACCUCCUUUCAGGCAGUUGUAGGGAGCAAUGAGGUCUCCCCUAAGCUUGCUCUUCUCCACAUCUAAACACUCCCAGUUCCCUCAACUGCAGCCUUCACCAGUUCCAUUGCCCUUCUCUGGACCUGCUCCAGCACUUCAAAGUCUUUCUUGCAGUGAGGGCCCCAAAACUGAAUGCAGUGCUCCUAGGUCAUGUUUGAUCCUGCAGAGAGAACAUGACACAACUCCCUUGCAAAAUACCAGCAGUAGGUUACUUCACUCUCACUUAGAUUUGAACCAAAGUGAUGCAGAGAUUCUGAAUUGGGUUUUUGCAGGAGAUGGCAUUGCAACACCGAAGCUGUGAGGUUUCCAACACAGCUCACCUCUUCAGGGGUGUGAUGGUUUGGGUGUUACCUGCCCCCCCCCCCCCAGCUUUUGGAAAUCACCCAGACUAGACUCAGCCAGCUCUGGGAAUUGGAAUGAAGCUUCUAUUUACAGCUUAGCUCAAUAUACAAGCAGAUAUUUACAGUAUAUACAAUUAUGUACAGAAAUAGACAAGGUAAGAGGUAAUACAGAAACACAACAACCCUCCCAGAAACCUGAGUCCCCAGGAGGGGCUCCCAACUGCCCUUCCACCUUCUCCCACCCCUCUCAACCUUCCCCCAGUCCCAAGGAAGAAUGGAGGUUCAGCCAGGGGGUUAGGAAGCAAAGUGCAUUAAUCAGAGAAAUGGCAGAGAGGUUAGAGAGAAAUGCAGCUCAGGCAAUGCCCCAAGAAGUUACUCCCUUAUCUAUAUUUGGAUUCUUGUUCUUAUACAUCUCAGCAAGCCUAUGAGUGAGGUAGACAUCAUCCUGUUUCCCUUUCACAGCCUGUGAUCUAAUCCUUCUCACCAAAACAUUCUAGCUAGCUUCAAACUAGCACCAGGGGGCUGUGGGUUUGCACUGCUCUUGUGCAUGCUUGUUCUGCUGCUCUCACAAAGUCCUGUUAGCCAGCGCUGCCUUUGGGCUGUGUUUUCAUCUGGAAGCUCCUCGCAGCUGAGUUUUGAUAUAUGCAGCUCAGUGGGAUCAAAAGGUGGAAUGAAUGACAAGUGGAUGUUCUCUGAAUCCCAAAGGGCUCAGAAUGACACUGCAGCUUUGUGGUUGUGAUGAGAGUGCUUACUCUGUGUGUACUCUUUGUCUCUAAUUCAGUACAAUAAAAGGGCAAGAUGCA